GAUGUUGUCAGCAGAGGAGAUCUUGUGCAGCACACGGCAGGUGACUGCAGGCUUGGAGGCCCUGCGUGGAGAGAACCGCGCUUUGCUCGACGGCCUGCAGGAGGAGCUGGCGACGGCCGGCCGCGAGGGCGGUGGUCUGGAGCAGGAGAAGACCUGCAUCAUGUUACGGUCACUAGAGAGGAUCGAGCUUGGCCUGAGCGAGGCACAGGUAAUGAUGGCUCUCUCAGCACACCUGGGCUCCCUGGAGGCCGUGAAGCAGAAGUUGCGUACCCAUGUGUGGCACCUGUGCCAGGAGAAUCGAUGGCUGCGCUACAAGAUGACCACCGCCCAGCAGAGGCUGCAGCAGUGCGAGCAGGAGGUGGUAAUGCACGAGGAGCAAAACAGACACCUGCUGUUCAUGAAUAGCUUCCGUAAGCAUGACGCGGCUGAGGCAUUACCGGAAGAUAAAAACAUUUCUUCAACCAAGCAGUCUCUUGAUUACCUCUUUCCCACUGACGAAGAGGAGCAAACACAAACAGUGGGUCAGCUGCAUAGCAGUGCCCUAGGAAGCCCCUCCCUGGUACAGCAGGGAGGCUACGAGAUCCCGGCCUGGCUCCGAACGAUCCACAACCUGGUGAUCCAGUAUGCCUUGCAGGGCCGCUACGACAAGCAGGCUCUGGAGUACCUGGAGAAGACCUUGGGACACGGCCAUCCGGAUGUGGCCACCAGGCUCAACAUCCUGGCACUGGUAUACAGGGACCAGAACAAAUACAAAGAAGCAGCCAGCCUCCUGAAUGACGCGCUGGCCAUACGUGAGAAGACCCUCGGCGUAGACCACCCAGCAGUAGCAGCUACUCUAAAUAACCUCUCUGUGCUCUACGGCAAAAGAGGGAAGUAUAAAGAGGCUGAGCCUUUGUGCAAGAGAGCACUGGAGAUCAGGGAAAAGAUGCUGGGGACAGACCACCCUGAUGUGGCCAAGCAGCUCAACAACCUGGCUUUGCUGUGCCAGAACCAGGGCAAGUACCAGCAAGUGGAGGAGUACUAUGAGAGAGCCCUGCAGAUAUACCAGAGUCAGCUGGGCCCAGAUGACGCCAAUGUGGCCAAGACCAAAAACAGCCUGGCCUCAUGCUAUCUCAAGCAGGGGAAAUACAGGCAAGCUGAAGCUUUGUACAAAGAGAUCUUGACACGCGCCCAUGAGAAAGAGUUCGGAUCAGUGGAAGGAGACAGAUGGCCAAUGCGGGUCUACACAGAAGAGGGGAGCACUAGAUGGGGCAGCAUGGGCAAUCUGAGGCACAGCAGGUCCUUCACCCAGCUCUGCGAGUCCAUAAGGCGGAGCAGCGAGAAGCUGAAUGAAAAGGGCAAACUCCCAGAAUGUGCUGAAUGUGGGAAUGCGGGGGAGUCAGGAGGCAGAAGGGACUUCCAGCAGACUAACAGAUACUCGUGCUCUCAGCUCCAGCACCCAGAGUCUGGCCCUGAAGAGCUCUUUAAGUGGAGGAGGUUACUGUUAGCUAUGUUGGUUAGCCUGCUGGAGCUUACCACACCACGCUGAUGCUGGUGGAGCUCCUGCCACAGCUCCAU